AUGUCCCACUCUGCUCGCAUAUCUGUAGCCAUCACUGGAGUCGGCUUGGUUGGCGCAGAGCUCGUACGCCAGUUGCGUUCUCUGGAUCCCUCUCCGUUCCGCAUCGUUGCGCUGUCCUCAUCCAAAACCACACUUUUCCAUCCCGAUGGGCUGGACUUUGAGGGCGCCCACAAGGACUGGCAAAAUGACUUGAAGACGCCCUUUACGCGCAUGAGCCUGUCUGAACUUGCGCGCGAGCUCGAGGGUCUCGUGCGCCCCGGUGCAGAUGUCGUGUUCGUGGAUAACACGAGCAGCGACGAUGUGGCGCGCGCGUACCCCGAGAUGUUGCGAUACGGCGUCCACGUCGUGACGCCGAACAAGAAGGCGUUUUCGUCUGAUCUUGAGCUUUAUGAGGCGAUCCUGUCUGCAAGCUCAGAGAGUGGCGCGAGCUUCCUGAACGAGGCGACCGUGGGUGCCGGUCUGCCUGUUGUCGGGCCGCUCAAGGACCUCAUCGCCACUGGCGAUAAGGUAUCAAAGAUCGAGGGAGUAUUCUCCGGCACGAUGUCCUACAUCUUCAAUAACUUCUCUACCGGCGCACCGUCCGGCCCGACGUUCUCUUCUGUCGUGGCGACUGCGCGCGAGAAGGGCUAUACGGAGCCGCACCCCGCAGAUGACCUUAACGGCGCAGACGUCGCACGCAAACUGACGAUCCUGUCGCGCGUGCUGCCGCAGCUACGUGCUGCUUUGCCCGAAGGCUACAAAUCCGUUCAGACAACCUCGCUCAUACCGAAGGGACUUGAGGAUGCCGCAACGGGUGAUGACUUUAUUGCGCGCUUGCCGGAGUUCGAUUCACAGUUCGAUACCAUGCGCGAGGAGGCUGCCAAGGAGAGCAAGGUGUUGCGGUACGUCGGCGUUAUCGACGUAGCGAGUGGCACGAUCAAGGCUAGCCUCGAACAAUAUCCUAACACGCAUCCCUUUGCAACUUCCCUUGGCGGAAGUGACAACAUCAUCAUGUUCCAUACAGAGCGUUACGGUGCACGCCCGCUCAUAGUUCAGGGUGCCGGAGCUGGAGCCGCCGUCACGGCUAUGGGUGUCAUGAGCGACCUGCUCCGGUUACUCUAA